AUGGGGUGUGUGUGUGUGUGUGUGUGUGUGUGUUUCGUUGACUGUAAAUGCUGAGAUAGUCACAAGAUACUACUAUCAAGCACAGUUCAAGAAACAAGCAAACAUACUUCAGUCAACAUCCUUUCAACAGGCUACCGUGUCCUCUGUUCCUUGUAUAACUCACAGUCAAGCGCGAGUCCGUUAAGAAAGACCACGGCAGUUAAACACUAUGCUUUCGUUCGUUCCAGGCCCACACCGGCAGCGAUUAGAGAUUCGUGAUCCGCACAGAAUCACUCGUUGUGCGGCUCCCGGAGACGAAAUCCGGCAAUCAUCGUUUGGAUCAACCGUACGCAAGGAUGAGACUUGUGGAGAAACCAAGGAAAUGCCGCAUCAAUUUUUAUCGGAUACCGCCAUUCCUCCGCCUGGUCCAAUCCUACACGGUACGGGUAGCGGCGGUGGUACAUCCGGUUUCCGUCGCACCAAGUCGGUCUUUUCCAUGUCUUCGGUACAAUCUAGUGUGUCCGAUUCUUCCGAGACUUCUUCUUCUCCCUUGCAUCUGCAGCCACCUACCCAAAUUCAAGAAGCCGAUCGUUUUCAAAUUCAAAACGUACCGCACUCGUUCGGCCGAGACGUUCGAGCCUACACGGAAGAUUCUCCUUGGGCGCCGGUCUUUGAUGCGGGGAUGCGCAAGGUCCUGGAACCGCAUCUGCGUCGAGCCCGCCUAGAUCGUGAACACGCUCGUCAACUCACGGUCCAUUGCCUCGGGCAACCGGUGGAGAGCUCCAUCGGCAGCUCCGCGCACGUGCCGUAUACCUCACUACGAUACGAACGGCGGUUCUUGUUUGACGAACAAAUGUAUCCCUUGCAUCUAAUUCUGGCGCAGACACUCAACGUGCAAGACCUGUCGCAGGUGCAUCAAGUUGUAAAUGCGGAUCUGAUGAAACCGCUUCUUUGUCGUGACACAAGAAGAGCCUUCCACGUUGCCUACGACAACUUCAUCACGUCCUUUUGUUUACCCCUACUACAUGAAAUCGCCAUGAUCAAGAACAUUGUGCACAGUGCCUCGCAUCGAGUCACAUAUCGCUACCAAGCCUUUCCCAAUAUUAGCAUUGUUCGUCCCGGUGACGAAGCUACCCUACCUACCUGCCAGACAGCACAAGGCAAGAGUAUCGGAUGCCUGUAUUUUCACAUUCCGCUCACACCGUCCCACGGAACCAAUGCGUUGUACGCCGAAUCGUACCCCGGAAAGGAAGAUUGGCACCCCCUACAAGCCAAGUCCUUCGGUCUCGGAUAUCUGUUUGAUGGUGCCCGGUGCUUACAAUUCGGCCUCGAGAACACUACAAAAUCGUCACGCGUGUCGCUCGAUUUUUCCGUCGCCCUCUAUUGCGAGAGCAGCGUGGCUAAACCAAAUCACUGCCGUCAUCAAAAUCGUGCGGAAGAUCGUCACACUGUACUCUGUCCACCUGAGCUCUUGCACGAUGCGUACUCGCGGGGCGGACCAGGGUACUACGAGGAAGCCGUGAUAGAUUUGAGUCGUCCUACCGCAACGUCAUCGGCUCGGCACAACGCUGGUACCAAGCGUUGCACCAGCAUGGUGCAACGUAAACGUGGCUGCAGACUCAUGGAGCCCGAUGGACGCAUGGGAGCGCCAUUUGUGUAAAAGAAAAUGCCACAUCCUAGUUUGGGUGACAUCGGACAUGCUGGAUGCAGCGCUAGCGCUAGCAAUACUCGCGUCUGAUGUUCCAGCUUACCUACACAUUCCAAGUUUUUUUUGUUUGGCUGGCAUGUCCAAAUCUCUACGCCAAGAGAAUCUUCAUAUUGCGUAGCUGUUACAAGUCGCAAAGCUAGUGAAAGUGAUACCUGC